AGAACGAAGAGCUAUAAUUUUCUCGGAGAAAUGGCAAUGGAAGAAUCCGAUUCCGGAGAAACUGCGACGGCGAAAUUUUCGAAUCUUACGUUGAAAGCGAGGUCUAUUCUUGCGACACCAAGCAACGAAGAAUUAGCGAUGAUCGUCGAACAACUCUAUAUGCCUGAAGAAUCCGACGAAUACAAAUCAGCGCGAGCUCUGUUCAAUUUCUGCGUCUCUGGUUUCCCAAAUUGCUUAACCCUAAAGCUUCUCAUGGUGUAUCGAUUUUCUUCCGAUGAAGUUCUCCGAUUACGAUCGAUCUAUCUUCUUUCUGAAACUCUCAAAGCUCAGCGAUUCGAACUCUCUCUCGUUGCUCUUUAUGAAAUCAAACCACUUCUGAUUUCUUGCUUGACAAUGGAAAACGCUAAAAAUUCUGACUCAAAGAUUGUGAGAAUCAUCGUUUCUUUAGUAGCUGAUAAAGUUGGUGUCUGGGAAGAGAUGAGUGAUUGUAUACUCUCACUUGCUAUCAAUGAUCCGAUUAGGGCUUUUAAUGUCUUUAUCCAAUUGCCAUCGUCACUUUACGGAGAAUUCGUGUACCGGUUUUUGCAGAGUUUUCUUGAUGAAGUUUACAAGGUUUUGCUUCAUCCUGAAGAAGAUGGAGUUGAAGAUUGGAUCUUGGCUUUGAAAUCUGCUGUUAAAAUGGGGAUUUUGCUUAUGGAUUCUGAAAUGAGAUUUGAUUUGACAAGAGACAUUCUUCACAUUGUUUGGAAAUCUGCUCAUGACAUUGUGUGGCAUGGAAUUGAAGAAGAGUUUUUGCUAAAAGGACUUAAAUCUCUUGAGAUUUUCUUGGCGGAAGACGCGUACCAGUUUAAGUGGAAUAGUGAUCAAUGCAUGUUUGUGGCAGAGUUUGCGUUCAAGAUUUCAGAAAUCGGAACAGAGGCCAAGGAAGUUGCUUGGAAGAUCUAUCGAAUGGUUACAAAACUUGACAAGUAUGUGCAUAAUCCAGCUUUUGAACUCAGCAGCCCUUCUGACGAUGAGGAUGAAUAUCUUGGAGUAGAUCCUGACUGGGAAUUGGAAGACAUUUUGGAUGCUUUAUCUCCAGUGGAAAUCAUGAGAGAGGUUACAUUAAGUAAGCUUGAUAAUAGGUCGAGAGAGAUAGCAAUCAUGAGACUUCAUGAGUUAUUUUGUGAUCACACUGCUGGGAAAGAGGAAAUAAGUGUUUCAGAGAUUAGAGAAAUCCAGCCGUUGCUCAUCUCUUGUCUUGCAGAAGUAAGAGUUCCCGAGAGCACGAUCAAGAUUCUUGGUCAGGUGGUCUUCCAUGUUUUAAAUGAGUUGUCUAGCUACCAAGAGGACAACUGGUUUGGUCUAUGGGACUACAUUGCAACAGAAUGCAAAACAGUGUUCAGGAAGACGGUUUAUAUCUUCCAGUGCUUAACAAUGCGGCUCGAUGAUAAAGAGUUUGUGAUUCAUGCCAUUAAUAAUCUUCUUCCAGAGAUUUAUAGAAACCUAAACCCACCAAGAGACUUGUGGGAAGAUAACAAUUGCUGGGUCUUAGCGUUUACGGGUGCCUUCUGUGCAGCAAUUCACUUGAUAGAGGUCUCAAGUCACGCUGAAUACUUGAAGGAGAUUGCAUAUAAGAUGAUAGAUUCAGUGAGAGAGCUUGUGGGAAGAGGAAUGGAAGUUGAGCUUGUGAGGAGAGCUUUCAUAAAUAUGGAAAGCAUUGUGGAGAAACAAUUUGACUGUUACACUACUAAUGACUACAGAUUCGUCAAGGGUUUGAUUUGGAGACUCUAUGCAAUCAAAGGCAUGAGCAUGGAAACUAGGUCUGUGUUGUGGAGGAUCAAUGUGACUCUGGAAAAGGUGCAGGAGAUAGCAACCAGACGACUAAAUGUCUUACUCUCUGAUCACACUUCAAAGAAGGUGCAAAUAGAGAUUGCAGAGAUGAGAGAACUCCAACCAUUGCUCAUCUCUUGCAUUGAGGAAGAAGGAGUUUCUGACAGGAUGUUCAAAGUCCUAGGUCAGGUAGUGAACCACGUUACGUAUGAGAUGUUGGUCUACCAAGAGGACACAUGGUACGAUCUACGUGAUUAUAUUGUGUCCCGAAGCAAAACAGAGUUCCACAAAAGCGGUUAUAUCUUCCAGUGCUUAACAAUGGAGCUUGAUGAUCAAGAGUUUAUGAUUCCUGAGAUAAGCACGAGGCUAAACCCACCAAGAGAGUUGUUGGUAGAUAACAGUUGCUGGUCUUGGCGUUUACGGGUGCCUUCUGUGCAGCAGUUCACUUGAUAGAUAUCAAACGACAUUCUGAAUCCAUUAAGGAGAUUACAUAUAAGAUGAUAGAUUCAGUGAAACAGCUUGUGGAAAGAGGAAUGGAAGUUGGGAUUGAAUACAGAUUCGUUAAGGGU